UUAAAACCCCGAUUCGUUGCUUGCUCUGCUGUUCACUUAGGAGGCGGCUAUGGAAGAAAGUUUCAAGGUCCGAGUAGACAAAAUCUUCGGCUCCCUAGCUUCUUCAUCAUCAUCAUCAGCAACUACAGAAACAACUCCGUCUUCGUCUCUCUGGUCACUCACGGACGACGAAAUCGAGAGGAGAGAGUGGGUCCGAGACAAGACCAUUCCCGAAUCCGAAUUGGAGCCUGUCUUUGGCAACCAUGGGAAGGGGUCCGAGAAGAAAAUGAGUCCCGUGGAUUUGAAAGAUGAGCUGGAGAAGGACCUCGAAGACCUUGACGACGACGAUGUGGAGGAGGAGGACGAACCGAGGCGGCGACAGUCGAAUAAACCGGACGACUACGACGAGGAACAGUGGAACAUUAAGUCUGGUAUUGGCCAAGACUGUACCUUGGAUUACGAGGAAGAGGAAGAUGGAUAUGACAAACUGGCUGUUGGUAGGGAAAAGGCAGGGGAACGCUUGUAUAUGAGGGAUAUAGCUGAUUAUGGUAUAGAUGUAGACUCUUGCAACGAGCUUCCUGAUUCUUUUGAGGAAGUUGAUAGAGACCCACGAGCGAAUCACCUGGCUGCAAAGAUUAGGCUCGAAGAAGAUGCAGAAGCAGCUGAGAGGAUUGAUUCAUUGCGGGUCUCUGAGAAAGAUUCACCAGAUGGAGAACGUGCUCAAAUGAAAACGUCUGAGCAUGUUGUUAAGCCGAAAUCUAUUCUCAAGAGGAAGGAUGUUCCAUUGGACUCGAAGUCAGAGAAACGUGUCCGGUUCGAACCCGAAUGUAAAGAUGAUUGUAAUGAAGGUUCUGAAGAAGAUCAAGAUAUCCCUAUGGACACCAGUUUAGUGGAAAAGGCUGCAGUUCCAGAUUAUAUACGAAAUCCUUCAAGAUAUACACAUUACACCUUUGAUUCGUCGAGUGACAUGGAUGAAGAAUCUAACAAGGAAGCCUAUAUGGACUUUCUUAAGCUGGUGCAGAGGUCAAAUUCUAUGGAAUCAGAGGCAGAUGAUUUUUCCAAUGAUCUUCCAUCAGUCACCUUUAUACCAAAGAGGAAAGCAGGUGAUACUAUAAUGGUAGAAAACUCUGCAGUCUCAAAGCAGAGCCAGGAUGAUGUUGGCAAGGAGUUUAUGCAUAGGAGAGGCCCCAUUGCAAUUGCAGCUAGGGGUACGGAAGACAGUGAAGUUUGUGCAAUGGAAGAAGAUGUAACGGAAACUGUAGCUGAUGGAAGAAACAGCUCGCAGAGACUGAGCCGAAAGUAUAGGACGAAAGCAAGGGUAGAGUUGGACGAGUCUAAUGUUUGAUUGCCUGAUGGGCAGCUUCUCCUUCUGUGUUGAAUGUCGAUGUUUUUUAACUGUUUGUACUUGCACUUGUACCUGAGACAUUCUUUAUAGUUGCAGCUUCGCGUGCCAUUGAAAAGGAUCAAGGAAAAGACUGGCAGAUCUCUGUUUCUCUUCUCUCUCUCUUGGCUAAGAACAAAUUUUGCAUAUUUGUUAUGAUAUGAGUUCCAAAAUUUCGAAGCU